AUGACGACGACGGGACAACCGAACGAUAGCACCAGUACCACCACACAGACAGUUAGCACUGCAGAUGGAGGGAACAGCAACAGCAAUAGCAGCAAUCAACAGUCUACGUCGAAGUCAACGCAAACGUUGCCGUCGACAUCGGAGGAUUCUACGUCCGCAUCCACGCCGUUUACUUUCAGCAUGCUCACAAGUAUAUUCGAAGAACGUAGGAAAAACGCCAACCUAGUGACCCAGGAGGAUAACCAGACUAACCAGGAAACGGGCACUUAUCCGUUUCAAUAUUGGUUCGAUAACUUAAACAUAGUGACGCAGCGACUGAUAUCGAACGAUGACUCCGUUCUUGAUAUGACAACAACGUUGAAUGACAAAGCGGAACAGCAGGACACCGGAGAUGCAGCAGAGCAAAUCGUUGAGACGACUCUAGCGACGAGUGUUACGGCGGCCAACUUUUUCGAAGACUCCACAGCCGAGUGUCUGGCCAUCAGCGGCCAAGAAGAGCAACUGGACGAACAGUUUAACAUAUCCGCCAACAUGCCGUUGGACUUGAGUUCAAGCUCGCUGAGGAAUGAAGCAACCAGUAACAACAGCCGGCAGUUACAAUGUCAGCAGGUGUCGUUGAACCUAGCGAACUCAUCGAAGAUGGCCGGCACCAGGAGGCGCAAGGGCGCCACCGUAAAACUGGAGCGAAUGGCGGAGAAAGAGGAGGACACGGACGAGGAACAGAUGCAGAGCGAGAAGAGACUCUGCCAAUCGACCUUGCCCACGGUUACGUCAGUCCCGUCGACCUCGUCCAUGGCCGCUUCAGCUCCGUCGACUUCGUCCGUCCCGGAAGCGGCUGCCUCAGAUGCUGCGGAAUCGAGCGAAAAGUGCGAGGACGUAUUGACGCACAACAAACCACCCGUAGAUCAUGAUCGUUACGUGUGCUUAUACUGCGAUAUACCGUAUCCUGAUCAAAAGAUAUACCUCGCACAUAUGCGCUACCAUGAUGACGCGGAGCCCUUCACGUGCGUUAUGUGCGGCAAGUCAUACGGCAACAGGGCGAAGUUCAACCUGCACAUUUACGAAAAAACAUGUGUCAAUCACUGA